AUCAAAUCAUGUCUGCAGUGCUCUGCAAACUCUGCACUAGAGGGUCCAGAGAAGGAAAACAGACUCCCAAGACUUACACCAACCCAUCCUGCUGCUCUUCGCCUCUGUCCUCACCAGUGCCGUCACCCUCCUCUUCGCCCCCCUCGUUGCUGUCCACAAUGGGAGAUUGACCGUUCCAUUAUCAUUGUCAUCCCAAUUUGACGAUGAUGACGGUGAUGAUGAUGCUGAUGCUGAUGAUGAUGAUGAAGCAAGUGUCGUCAUCUAUGAUCUGUCCCCUCUGUCUUCUCCCUGCUGUCAUCGCUAGUCUCAAGGCUGCUGCAACGUCUGAGGACACAGCUGCUGCACCUCCUUUUGCUGCUGCUGCAGCUUUCUAUGCAGCCUUCUCCACCGCUUUCCUCGCAGUGACAUCCUGUUCCAUGGGCAUCAUCUCGCCCCCUUUCUCAUCUCCAAGGGGGUGCAAUAUCUUCCUCUGGGCCACGUUCCCCUUGGCCUGGUACCGUCCUCCUUGUUGCCGGCUGCUGCCACGCUGUUGUCUCCCCUCCAUCCAAGCGUCGUGCGCCUAUCUCUCCUGCCCCGAGUGCACACUCCGCCUCUGCCAUAUUAUAUCGCACUGCAGGGUCUUAGCUCUCGGCGCCUGCUCACCUCCCCAAAACGUGCUCCCUAUGCCUCCCUGGCGCACUGCAGAGCUGCCACUACCAGGUGCCACCGCCAGUGUGCGCAAUGCUUUCCUUGCGCAACCACCUCUGUGCCAAAUGCGUGUCGCCUUCGAUCUCCACCUCCGAGUCUGUAAUCUUCUCCAUCACAUCGUCCACCCUAUCCCUGGUGUUGUUCUCGGCUCUUUGUACCCACUCAACAUACCAGUCCUCUGUCUCCACCUUCCCUUCCUAAUCGGGCAUGUCCUCAAACCGCGGGAUGGGAACAUCGUCCUGGCCAGCCCCGUGCUCUUGCAUCCACGGCAAGUGAAAGUUAAAAAUUCUGAUUGCUGUAAAUGAGCUCCGCUUUGGAGGCCUGGCAUCAUCAUCCUCCUCCUCCUGCCAAAAAUAUUAGAAUAGUAAAAAAUUAAAAACAUA